AUGAGCGAAACUGAGCGAGACAACUACACAAGCAUAGAUCUCGCAAUGUCUCAGAAUACACAAAAUCUCGGCGACGUCGGUACCGUGAUUGAGAACCUAGCCGUUCAGAACUCAGUGCCGGCUGAAGGUCCCGAGGCUGAUCUUGCUAGCAACGAGAUCGACAAACAAGACCAUCAUGAGGGCUUGUCGAGUCCUGCUGGCAUCGAGACCGCUAUGCUACCCGGGUCCGAACCUUCGCGCACAGAAGAUGACAUUGACCUCCCCGAGGAUUCUUCAGAUCAGCUACCGUCAGCUAAGUCCGCGGAAACAGCGCCUCACGAGAAGGCAAUCUCCGACAACUACCAGACCCAGGAAUCGGCUGUGUUGGGGCCUGAGGAAGGAGUCCUAAGUGAGGAGGUUCCGGCUGAUUCAUCAGAGCCUCUUCAGGACACGCCCGAGGUCUCCUUAGAGCCAGAUCUGCAUCCUCAGGACCCCUUACUCGUCGACAGCAUACCGUCCAACGACGUCGUGCAGCACCGAGAACAGCCAGACGUGUCCACUUCUCCAUUGGUUGUGGACGACACACAGCUCGAAGGCAAAGAUGAGACAGAACACCUAAUAGAGACACUUAGUGUGGCGAACGCUGACGAGACGUCAUUGGCAGCACAGCCGAGUGAGACAGAGAACCACCCAAACACAAAGACGGUCCCAUUGCCCGUGGAGACGCACCAGGAGAUGGAUGCUGUUCAAGACACACCUGAAGAACCUGAACAGGUUGCAACAGCUGAUGCAUCUGCAUCCAAUAUCGCUGACAUCGUAGAAGACCCUUCCCAGGAACAGUUGUUAGGCGAAGCAAAUAAACGUGAACCUCUGGAUUCUUUUGAUCUUGCAAAGACGGCGCCCAUUGAGAGAUCACAACCAGAAGAGCCCACGCUGCCGUGGGACGAGGAGCCGGUGGAAUCACUUCCUUGGGAGACUGAUGGUCCAUCUAAACCUCUGUCUGAGGAACAGCCUCUGCAGCAGCCCGAGGAGACAGCUCCUGAGCAGUCCCUGGCGGACUCCCCGGAACACUCUCCAGAGCAGUCGCCUGAACAACCUCAAGAUGAGGUUCUUCCAUGGGACACCGAGCCUCGCGAGCCAUUACCUUGGGAGGCAACUUCUGGCGACGGCUAUGAAAAUGGAGCAAACGCGACUCAGGAUUUCCUGGAGUCAAUAGGUGUUGAGAAUUCUACUGAGGCUCCUAAAAAUAUUCCCUCUGAGGAGAUUCCCAACGUUGUGAAGGAUGGUCAAGCAGAAAAGUCUCUGGAAGCUAGCGAACAAGAUUUGACAGCUACAGUGAAGCCAGAAGAGCCACGCGAGGAACAAAAAAAGGAGCCCAAGUUGGAUGACAAGCUGAGUUUCCUUGAGGGUGAUAACGAGCUACUUCUAGACGAAGUUUUAGAUGACGAUUUCUUGGAUGACGAGCCGUCUACUGCACCGGCCACGACUCCUGUUCCUCAGGCGCCUGCUCCGGCGUUUGCAUCACGCUAUGCCCCGCAGGGAUUGCAGGCGACGUCACCACCACCACCUCCCGUUCUGACAUCAUCGUACACCAACUUCCAAGGUCCAUCGUUGCAGCAGUCUCAUAUCAAGGAAAAAUUGGAAAAGGAGAAGAAAAAGACGGAUGCAUACGAUUUCCCUGCAGAGCUGUUGGCCAAACACACUCCUAUCUCGAAAACGCCAGCUCCAAAGCAGAACGUGUAUACUAUGAUCGAGCUUCAGAAAAGCCACGCAAACAAUCCAGCAUCUCCAGCGUCGCAAUCGAAUCCUUUGCCCCCACGGACCGGCAGCAUCUCGUCCACUCGUUCGACGCCUCCACCUGGAAGAGCAACACUUAAGCCACAAAAAAGCUUUUUCGAGGAACUCCCGCUCCCUAGCAUUGGAUCCGCUUCUUUGCCUGCUAAAAAUCCAUAUGAGAUAAAUCCGUCCAGCUCGACAGUUAGAAAUCCAUACCAGCCAAAAUCGCCCGGAAUUUCAAGGACCAGCCCUUACUCGCCUGUUGUUGCCAACGCUCAGCUAGCUGGCAUUAAUCAACCUGCAGCAGGUGGCCCUCAUCCUCUACCUCCUAUUGGUGGUAGGCCGAGAAAGUCUACCAACCCGUAUGCGCCAGCCGAAGCUGGAGGGCAUGCGAGAACCUCAUCGACGACUUCUAAUCCACCAGUGAAUCCCAAUGUUGUUCCAGUGCCCCACAAGUCGCCGAUCGCCAAAAUGGCCAGUCCAAGAAUUCCUACUACACACCCGCAGUUUCCUCAGCCUGCCAACGAUGUCAACAAUUUUGGGGUACCACAACCGCAGCUUGGCGCUUCCCAGCCACAAGCAAGACAUCCGUCAAAUCUGCAGAAAGCUACAAAGUAUUCUCCAUAUACACCGCAAGCUCAGCAAUCAAAACUUGUUCCAUUUCCCCACCCGCUUGGUCAACCAAAAAGCAACUAUCAGCCGUUAGACUCAGUGUAUGGUGACAAUUUGAAGCCGGACACUAGUUCUCCUUCAGUAUCACACAAGCGAAGAAGCUCAUUUCUUCCACCGGGGAAGAACUCCGGAUAUUCUUCUACACGAAGCAAUGCAUCCACUCAUCUGGUCCAGUCCACUCCAGCACCAGUUGUUGUGAAUCCGGAAAACCUGGUCAGAAGACAGUGGCCGUUGUUUAGCUUUUCAGGCUCUAACAAAGUGGCAUACCUUGUUCCUUCUUCCUAUGGCUACGGACAUCACAAACACAAUGUUAAAAUUGUGGACGGAAACUACGUUUUCAAAAAUGAAGUACUCGUACAGCAGUUCCCUGGUCCUUUGGUCAAAAACAAAACCAAGAAGAAGGAUGUUGAAAAAUGGAUCAACGAUAAGCUACUGUCUUUGGGAGCUGACUUGGAAGGCCCAUUCACAUCGGAGGUCCACCUUCUAUGGGCUGUGAUGAGAGCACUUGUCACGAACAUCAACAAGCCUGGUGACUUUGCGCAAAAAGAGUAUCUGCGAAGCGUCGUACAAGUAUUGAAUCCUUCUCUGGCGGUCAAUAGCCAAGAAGGGCCUACUGAAUUGAGCACCAUUGAGAACUAUUAUGUUCCUAACCAAAAGCCUUUCAAUGCGCACAAACUCGAAAAAGUUGGUUUGCUGAACCUUAGCAAGUAUCUGGAAGCUGGAGACAAACUUGGUGCUCUUCAAAUGGCCAUUGUUGAGGAGGACUGGGCGAUUGCAUUGAUUGUUGCGAACAUGCUAGGGCAAGAAGCAUUUGCUAAAGUCACUAAACUGUACACCGAAAGGAACUUUGAUGGCGCGGAUGUUCUUCAACAGAAUCUGAGUUUCUGUUUACAAUCGUCAGGCGAGAACGAAUUUAGUGCCGAGCAGCUGCAUGGUAAAGAGGAGUGGGUAAUUGACAACUUUAGAUCUGUUAUUCCGUUUGUCCUUCUCAACAACAAGAAUCCUGCCUCUGUGCUGGUUCAGGUUGGUAGUUUACUUUCAGAGGCUGGCUUUGAGCUCCACGGAAAAAUCUGCUUCUUGUUGUCUGGUUUACCGCUGAUCCCAAAAAUCCAAACCUUUUCGCCUAGCAGCAUUGAUUCUAUGAUCAUUGAUGAGCUCUAUGAGUACAUCUUGAGCUCGUCCUCAAACAUCCCUCCAGCCUUUUCGAAUGGUUUCCCACAUAUUCUUUCCGUCAAGGUUCAUCAUGCUUCAUAUUUGUUGGACGUUGGUCACUUUGCGGAAGCUAAGAAAUACGUUGAUCACACAACAGGAAUCAUCAAGUCCAAAGCUACCUACGUUGACCCUGCCGUUGCAUUUGCCAAUGGCCAGCUGUUGGAAAGACUUUCGCAAACAGAGAUUGAGGUCUCUGGAUGGUUCGGCGGAAAGUUGGGCAGAUCUGGACUGGACAAGGUUUGGGGCCACCUAGACAAGUCGUUCAACAAAUUCGUUGCAGGUGAGGAGCUUGAAGAUGGCAAAAAAGCCAAAUCGGAAGGUGUUUUUGCCAAAUAUAGCCCUGCCCCUUCUCGCACUCACUCUCAGAUGGAUUUGUCCAACAUACAGCCACAGUCUCAGCCUGUGAUGCCAACUUACCAAACAUUGUCCAGAGCACCGUCGUUUGGCAUGUACUCCUCUUCUUCUCACUCGCAAUCUGCUCCUACAACGUCGUCAACUUCCACUCUUAUUCAAUCCCAUCAGUCUUCUUACUCUCAGGCAAAAACAAAAUCCAAAAAGGCCUCCACUUAUGCCCCUCUUUCUCCGCAAAACGCUGGCAUCGUUUACGAUAAUGAGAAGCCGGUCCUGAAUACUGCUCCACCGUCGUCCCCUGGAUCGUCCCCUUCAGCGCAAACAGCGGGUCAAAGCCCGUCUGCCCCUCGGUAUCCACCUGCUGCUGCAAGGUCCAACUCUUUUGCGGAAGUCGGACGCUCUCGCCCUGAUUUGCCGUUUACAACCUCUACUCCAGGGCCGGGCCAAACUUAUGCUCCUCAAACCCCGUUGCAAUUGGACAACCGCGAGGCUUGUGGAAAAGUUUCCAAAUAUGGUCCUCGGAAAGAGCUAGCAGAUUAUGGAGCUUACACGCCUGCUCCAAUUGAUAAGGAGGAAAAGCCAGAUCUUGGCGAGGAGUAUGAUACGUCGAUAAUGACCGACGACAUCGUUCAGCAGCCAGCUGCCAGAAAGUUUGUUCCAAACCGAGUCGAGUCGCUCGUUAUUUCUCCUGUUCAGUCGAACGAGCCUUCAUCUCCGCCGCAGGCGACUGCCCCGCCACCUGAACCACAGGCUGAAAAUGAAUCACCAAAGCCUUCUACUGCCGAGCCAAAGAAACCCAAAAUUUACAACCCAUAUGCGCACGUGACCUCGAGAAAGGUGAACGGCUCGAACCAGAGCCGGUACAAGCCUCCUACGAACGUCACAGCUGAGUCUACGCAGAGCCCUGACGACACCAAGGACCAGGACUUCCAGGCUCCGGAGUUCGACUCCUACGAUUUCUACAGCUAUGGAGGCUACCAUGCCCCUACUGCUGCAGAGAUCGAGGCCGCUAAGAAGGCAGAGGUGGAGGAAAAAGAGAGGCAGGAAAACGAAGCAUCGCUUCCGGUUGAAAAUGAGCCUAAAGACCACCAUAGUCCUGAACUGGAGUCAGAUCUUGAUUCCGAGCCUAGCGACGAGCCAUUGCCUCCUCCUAGUGGCAGAAUUUUAAGGCCUGCUGCCUCAUUCCAUGCUGCUGACGCAAGCCAUCUCCAGAGCAUGUUUGAUCCUCCAUCUGCUCCGUACAGACAGGCUAGGUCACCGGCUACUGUUAUCACGGACCAGAAGAGGUAUCACGCUGAAGAUGAUGACCAGGAGUACUAUGACGACGUGGUUGAUGAUGACGAUGAUGACGAAGAAACGAAGGAGCAGAAGAAAAAGCAAGAUGAAGAAGAGAAAAAGAAGAAAAAGGAGCAAGAAGCCAAGCAAAAGGAAGAAGAGCAAAAGCAUGCGGAUAAGGGAGGAAGCUCCUGGUUUAGCUGGCUCGGGAAAAAGAAGAACGACCAGCCUAAGCCUAUCAGGGCCAAACUGGGCGAAGAAAGCUCGUUCUACUACGACGAGAAGCUAAAGAGAUGGGUGAAUAAGAACGCGUCGCCGGAGGAGCAGGCUGCUUCAACCCCGCCGCCGCCGCCUCCUGUCAAGCGGGCUGUUUCGGAUUCUGCAUCUGGCCAGCCUCUGUCCGACAAGCCUAACGCAAUGGGAGCACCUCCGCGUGGGCCGCCAGCGGGUCCGCCUACUCCGGCAACAUUGAACGGCACGAAAAAAACGGACAACAUCGAGGAUUUGCUUUCGAUGUCUGUUUCGACAACGCGCAAGUCCAAGCGUGGUCCGCGCCGUGGCUACGUUGACGUGAUGGGCAAUAAAUAG